CCAUGCUAGAAAGCAAAAUGGCUGCCCCAGGGAAAGCAGUCCAACCCCGGGAGCCGCGAGGGGGCUGUGCCGAGUGACGCCCGCCACGCCACGCCUCGCCGAGACCCGCCACACGCAGGGAAGUUGACGAAGGACGGGCAAAAAGGGACCCAAGUGGCCACUGUUUUCCGAACCUCAUAUUAACUACUGCCGACUUCAUCUUACCUGUGCAGCUCCUAACACGCUUUCUGCUCUCCAUAAACUGUUCUUUCUUGGUUCGUAUCUGAACUUCAGAUUCCGAAAUCACGUAUUCACAGUUUGACCAUCUAACCUCAGAAAAGGUAUUUACAGGAAUCCAAAAAAGAUGAUCAAGUUUUUUCUUAUGGUGAACAAACAAGGCCAAACAAGGCUCUCUCGUUACUAUGAGUACAUGGACCUUCGGAAACGGACAAUGCUGGAAGCUGAAGUCAUCAAGCACUGCCUCUCCCGUUCAAAGGAACAAUGUUCCUUCAUUGAGUACAAAGAUUUUAAGCUGGUAUACAGACAAUAUGCUGCCCUUUUCAUAGUGGUUGGAAUUAAUGAAACUGAGAAUGAAAUGGCUGUAUAUGAACUAAUUCAUAAUUUUGUGGAAGUUCUGGACAAGUAUUUCAGCAGAGUGAGUGAAUUAGAUGUAUCCUUUUUCAGUUCCACCAGUCUGCUUGCUGUUCUCUGUGUUCUUGCUCCUUCCUGCCUUUGCAAGGCUGCUCGGCACAAAUUGAAUUAA